ACAGAUUGAGAAGCAACAGAGAAAGAGGCGUCAGAGAUAAAGCUUGACUUACUAUGUGCUCAGGCACACUCAGCACCAACCACACCUCUUCAUAGGAGCAGGUUCCCACUGAGAGAAACGACAGUCUCCACAAAGAAAAAAAACAAGAAAAAGGAGGAUAACACUGAGGCGAGAAGGGAGUGGGCUUUUCCCCAGCUUGGGAGCCUAUGGUGUGGGCAGCCUGGAUGUGAUCUGGUGUUUGUGGUCUCGGACAUGCAUCUCUGUCCAGAAUGGCCCACUGGUGACUGCUGAGCACAUGGCUGCUGCUGAGAGGGUGAGGACUGAGCCACACAGGGCACUUCUCGAAUGUCCGGUUUGUUUCCUGGUCUACGACAAUGCCUCAAAAACACCACUGCUGCUGCCCUGUGGCCACACCUUCUGCAUGGAGUGCCUGGCCAGGAUCUGCAUCUUCCUGAAGCUGGAUGACAGGUUCCCGUGCCCGCUGUGCCGCACUGCUGUCGCCAUCCCACCAGGGGGAGUACCCCAGCUCACACCGAACCUGGAGAUAAUGUCCACCUUCCCCCCGGCACUACAAACCAGACAGCAAGCCUGGCUGGAGGGCUCUCAGCUCUGUUGGCUGAAGAGGGAUGAAUAUGAAGACACAGCGACUGUGGUGACGUUACCAUUAUUGCCCCAUCCCAACCCUGAACUCUCGAACCCUUCACAUCUGGUGAGGGUCCACCGCCCAGCCCAGAUUCCAAGGUAUUGGCUUUUCUUCAGAAACUGUUGCUGGGUCAGUGUCCUGAUUAUGGCCGGAUUCAUCAUGAUAUUUGGCAUCAUCUUCUUCCCCAUUUAUCUCAUCAAAGAUCUCUGAAGCACUUUAUUCAGACUCGCUUCUUGAUUUGCCUUAGAGACAG